AUGAUUAGAAAACGAGGAUUAUAUAUAUUGAAUCUAGAACGACCAUAUGAGCAACCUCGGUUUUUGCAGCAUUUAACGAAAUGGGAUGUUGCUGAUGUGCAAUGGAAUCCACACAAUAGUAGAUCAAACUGGAUUGCAACAACCUCAAACCAAAAAACAUUAAUUUGGAACAUUGCUCGUGGGGCCCCGACAGCCGGAUCCACUCAGUCUGUUGCACCAUCGCAAAACAAUGUCGAGCUGAUUAUUAAUAAGCAUACAAGAGCUGUUUCUGAUAUUCAUUGGAGUCCAUUUCAUCCCGAAUCAAUUGCGACUUGCUCGUAUGAUGCGUAUAUCCAUCUAUGGGAUUUGCGUCAAAGCACUGUCAAGCCGUCAAUGAGCUUUUCAUCCUGGACAGUUGGAGCCACGCAAGUCAAGUAUAACCGUAUUAAUGAAUGGAUUAUUGCUUCCUCUCAUGACACGGAUGUUCGCAUAUGGGACGCACGGAAAGGAUCAUCUCCAUUGACACUUAUUACAGCACACAUGACCAAGAUUUAUGGUAUAGAUUGGAGUAGAAACAAUGAAAAUGAACUCAUUACGUGCAGCCAAGACAAGCUUGUCAAGUUUUGGAACACAUCACAACCACGAAUGUGCCAGUCCACUAUCGUGACAACUGCACCAAUCUGGCGUGCUCGAUACACGCCAUUUGGAAACGCUGUUAUUACAAUGCCUCAGCGCAAAAACAACGAUCUUUACUUGUGGAGCUGUCAAAACCGUACAUCCCCACUGUAUACAUUUUCGGGUGAUAAUGAUGUACCAGCUGAGUUUGUCUGGCGUUGUAUAGAUGGUCACUACCAACUCAUCACCUGGUCCAAAGAUCAGAUCAUGAGGCUUUGGCCCAUUUCUGCGGAUGUUGUCAAGGGAGCGGAAAUUUGUAGUGAUCGUGAUUUAUCUCUUGAAACAAUUGGUGAUCGAGCAGACAUGACACCUUCAUUUUCAAAUCAAUCCAACUAUUCGUCUCAGCCUGAAAAUUUGACUUUAAUAGCGCAACACACCAGCAAUCAGUUUCCAAACCGGCCAAGAGAUUUGGAUAUGAUGCCUUUUGAGGAAGAUGAUGAUUUUAGUGAUGGUGGAUUAGAAUUUCGAUCCGAUUCCUUGCGAGCACCACUUUCCUCCUUUGCAGAUUUGAGUCUUAAGGAUCGAAAACGCUCAAAUGCAUGGCUGAAAAGAUCCUCUAAUGGGCUUAAUGACAGUAAUCAAAAAGAAACAGAUCGUAUUGCUUCUUCCACUCCAUCCAAAACCACCAUAAAGGCAGCUGCAGAUCAUUCUGUUCCAGUCACGUUGGAGGAAGAGAUCCAUCAAGUUGAACGUCAUUUUUCAGAUGUACAUAUCGACAAAACAAAUAUUGCCCAACGGAGCUGCUCACUUAGUAUAGAAAGUGCGUCUGAUCAUCUCUGGUCGUCAACCGUCGCAAGUUCUGGAAAACUCUUUGUUUUUCUUCGUAUUGAUGCACACUUUCCAUUUGACUAUCCACACGUUCCUGCUCAUUUUGAAAUUCAAAAGACUGGAAUGACAUCCAUGGCCAACCGUACUUUUCUCACAGUCAAACUUGGCCAAAUUGCUACUGCAUUUGCAACAAAGUCACUUCCGUGUUUGGAAGCCUGUGUGAGAUAUCUUUUGGGUGAUCCUAAUGCCACUGCACCUAUUCCAAGUGUAAAGGUAUAUGGAGAUUCGUUUCAUCCGAGUAGUUUGAGUGGGACAUCGGCUGGAUUUUCCGUUGACUCGCACCACGAUCCAAUUGAUCGCGAAAGAGAUCACGAGCAUACACUGAAUCGGGAGAUUCGUGGUUUAGGUCGAAGCCCUAAUGACUACUCUAUUUCAGAAACAAGUUCAAGUGAUGCGGAAGGAUCGGUUCCACUCAUGGGAAAGCGCGUAAAGCCAAUUGGUGAUAGGAGACUAAUGCGGGAAACCACUACUGGAAAAGAUAAGGGCAAUGUUCCAUUUCCAGUAUUGUGUGCUGCAUCAUUUUCCAUGUGUGGAAAGCUUGUAUAUUUCAAAUCACCUUUGCCUCAUCCAUCAACAACAAAGUUUACAACGUAUACUCUUUCAUCACGAAAUCAGCAGCCUGUUCUUCAAUCCCAGCAUUUCCAAACACAGCCCAAAACAUAUCCGCUAUAUGAAAGCUAUCGAGCGUUUGUUCUUUCACGAUUUCCAAAAAUCACUGUUGCAGCUGCUGGUUCAAAUGUUUCUACUGCUGGUGAUAUUUUAGCUAAUGAGCUUGUCAGUAACGAAAUGACUACCAUGGAUACACCGCCACGAACAAAAUCGAAAAUGGAUUUUUGGCUAGACGAUGAUCCUGCCGGCGAAGAAGAGACCGCACCCAGUUUGUUUUGGAGAAAAAAGCCAGCAUCAUCAUUUCAACCUACUGUUUUUACAUCACCAGAUUUUUUGGUACAGUUGCAAAGAUUCAGUUCGCCAGCACCAACGUCUGGAUCAGGUGCAUCUGGUAAAAAAAAGCACAGUCUUGUGUCUGCCACAAACCUGUUUGGAUCUGGCAAUUUACAAGGUUUACCGAAUACUCAAGCUGAACCGAGUAUACAAAGUAGACUGCGUGACGAUGUAGAUCAUUCGUCACCCAAUAAUAUAUUUGACGCCAUGGAGCGAACAGAAAAAGGAGUACCGUCUAAACAAGUAGCAAAGAAUCAUCGUCGACGGUCGUCUACGAUAUCCACAUCAUCAAAUACUUCUGAUGCAAGUUUCGACGAUAUGCUUGCUAAAGGGUUCACUAUACCAUUUAUGAUCCCUAAUAGAAAGUCGCUAAUAUCUAAUAUGAAUGAGAAUGUUACACGUUCGUCUACUGCUAUUCUUACAUUGAGUCCGUCAGGCGCUAAAUCAUGUAUGAAUAUCGAUACCCCGAUGCUACAAGCCUCGGUGACACCAUCUUUUGCACUAAAGCAUACAUCACCAGAGACUUUGUCAGUAUCGUCAAAAAAUGUUGAUACCAGUUAUCUUUCUUCUGAUAGCCCGACCGUAAAAGCUUUACAUAGGCCAGUAAGCGAUGCAUAUAAAACACCCUUUAACGCUGAGGAUGAUUUUAAUUUGCCCCGCCGGCGUCACCGCUCCAUAUCCGAUACCAGCGAUCGUAUCAAACGUCAUCUCAAGUCGGAUAUGGAUGUAUUUGAAAACGAAAGUGUAUCAGACAUUAGUGACAUUGAGUUCCGGUUUGCGUCGCGAUACCAAGGCGAAUCUUAUGGAAGAACACAUGCACCUAUACCAUCUACACCGGCCAAGUCUGGACUUCAAAAUAAUUUUGGGUCAAACCACACUCCAUUUAUUGGGGUGCAUAUGCCUGCUGGUAUUGAGUAUCAAAAUGGAUAUGGAACAAUUGUACAUACCUGGGAUGUAUCGUCAUUUCUACCUAUGCGCAGAGAUCUUGCUGAAAAAUACACUCUAUGCGGAUCUGAUUGUGGAAAAAUAUGCAGGAAUAAUCGUAAUGUGGCACUGGGGAUGGGACUCGUGGACUUGGCAAAGAUAUGGAACAUUGCUGAGCUUGUUGUCAACCAAAAUGCUAUUGUUCGACGCACACUGGAGGAUGAUGACAAUGUUCAUUUUCAGCGUAUGCACUGGCAAAAUCAUCCCUUUGGUCGCCGAAUGGUGCAUUCCUUAUUUAAUCAGCUUGAACGGAUGGGAGAUUUACAGACUCUUGCUAUGCUCGUGUGUGUGUUUGCCGAAAAAUCCAACGAUGUGACUCCUGAAAUUCAUCAGAUUCAGGUUGAAGAGAGCGUGCCAGCCUAUCAACUGAAUCGUUUGGAGGCACCGAUUUUCUUUCACAGACGAAGCGAUCCUGUGAUUGCUUUAAGCUUGAACAAUCCAAUUAACCAAUAUGGAAUUUCUCGCAACUCAUACUCUGGAUCUGAUCUUCCUUUUCUUGUAGCACCAAAUACAACUUCUGCCAGUAUUUCUAUUGACAAAAAUAUGUCAAAAGCAAACAAUAUUUAUCAUCAAACAUCUCCUGUACAGUCUAUUCGUGGAAACUCGCGAGCACAGACGCUCAUGCAAUCCUAUCCACAUGUAGGCAUGCAGCCCAUUUCAGGUGUUUCUAUUGGAUCACUAUCGUCAUUAGUGUAUUCGUCAACAGGAUCAUUAGUGUCUACCACAGGAAUGUCGUAUGUUUCUGAUGUUGCUUCUAGAUCUGCUUUAAUAGGUACCACUGCAUCCAAAAGCAUGGGAAUCCCAUCGCGCCAUCGUGAAUCUGGUGGCCGAUUAGUUCGCACUUUAUCCACUGGGGGUGCAGGAUCAGCAGCUGUCACUGGGAAGCUUUUGAUUGGCUCUCCUCUUUCUAAUUCACACAUUGUUGGAAUGCUUCCUCAAACAUCACUUGCAAGUUUGCCUACGGCCAUGUCUUCAAUAGACCGUGUUAACACGAACCUUGUAAUGCGGCCCAUUGUGCAUAGCCUUUCUCCACCAAGUUUGCAACAAUCAUCCACAUCACCAUUCGUAGCAGCAAACAUGUUGGUUGCAUCUCCAAUAGAUCUACCGACUAUGUCUACACUGGCAAUAAGCACGCUUGGUUCGAUGGCGGUCAAGACCAGUCCGUCGCUAUCCAAAACCGGUCAAAAUAUUAACCUAGUCAUAACAGAGAUGCAUUUGGAUGGUGAUCAUCAGGAUGAAUUUAAACCCAACAUGAUUUUGGCGCCUUCCGAAGCCACACCAAAUCUCAGUCUAGAUCAAUCCAUGCCAAACAGAGUACUCAGCUCGGCGGAACAUCACGAUAUUUAUCAAAUGGGAUUACUUGAUCCUCACUUAUGUGAUACGUACAAUGGAUACGUUUGGAGAUAUGCUGAGCUGUUGUAUUCAUGGGGUCUAUUGCAUCAACGUGCUGAGCUACUCAAGUUUCGGUCAUUUUUUGUUUCCCGAGAUCACAUUUCCGAACAUUCAGUUGGUAAUGUGAUACAUGUGUGCCAAGUUUGUGAAACUGAACUAAGGUACCAUAAACUAGGUCAGUAUUGUUUAAAAUGCCAUACAGUCGUACCUGGUUUUAGAUGCAGUAUUUGUAGGUUACCAUGCAAGACUCUUGCGCAAGUAUGUCUUGAGUGUAAUCACGGUGGACAUGUUGGCCAUAUACAAGCGUGGUUUUCUGAAAAUACUGAAUGUCCUACAGGGUGUGGAUGCCAAUGUUUGAAGCUUGGUACUGAUAUGUGGUCUGGAUAUAACCGACAAUGAAUGAACCGAGUAAAAUAUGCUUGCUAUUGGGUUAAAUGGAUUGCAUCUACAGCUAUAUUCGCAUACAAUCAAAUGCUUAUUUAUCUUGCAGUGAUCAUUUCCACUAUUUUGCAUCGAAAUAAAUAGUUGAAUAUUUGUUGC